AUGUUUGGGGCAAACUCGGCCCCUUCCAGUAGUUCUGGAGGCCUUCCACCGGCAUCCGAGCUCCUCUCUCCACCCACAAAUGGAAAUUCGUAUAACAGGCAUCUGCCGCCGACGUCGCCUCAGAUGGCACCUCCAUCCCCCUACAUUGGCACUCCAGGACAUUACCAGAGUCUAACUGAACCGGGAACUCCAGUUUUUCUAAAUCCGGCGUCUGUUGGCGAUCCAGUAAGAAAUUUUUGGACUAUCUCAUGUGUUAUAUAAUUUUAGGUGGCAUCUCCUUCAUAUGAAUCAAUGAGUCCAGCGAGCUUUACAAAUCAAUCCGCAGGCUCUACAAAGCCGUCGACGCCAAUGGCCGACCAGGCCAGCCCCGCGGCUUAUGGGCAAUAUGCAAAUCAACCUUAUUAUCCGGUAGGGAGUUGAAGGAGAAUAUUUUUUCUUGUUCACUUUUAGGGGUUGACGCCUAAUUUUUGAUGUUUUAGCCUCAUUAUCAGUCGGGUCGUCUUCCUCCAGCCGAAUCGCUGCCAAUAACAUCGAAUUUUGGGCCAAGGCCGCAAAAUUUUCCAAGGAAACCACCUCCAAGGUAAGCGAGAUUUUUGUUCGUUAUUUUGGUGUUUAGACCGGGUCCGCCCCAUCCUCAAGGAGAUAGUACUCUGCGGCAACAGCUCUCACGACCGCUCGCGCAUAAAGCCGCUCCAAUUGAUAAACGAAGGCAUACCAUGUAAGUCAUGGAUAUCGUCCCAAAAGUCCGGCCAUUUACACUUCAGCUCUCUAAAAUCGCUUUGGAGACAUUUUAGAGUUUCACAAGAAUUUUCUGCUAUUUUUAGCAUUUGGUGCACUGAUUCAUUAUAUUAUUUUACAUUCAGAUCCAGCCAAAGGACCUUGCCCCCGCUUCAGCAACCCUUGUCCGUCCCACCGCCCUCGGAUCACCAGCCCUACUACCCCCCAAAUGGCCCCAAGUCUGUUCCGAACAAUUUUGAUCCCGACCGGCCGUCAAGUCAUCCAUCAAACCAUCAUUCAGAGCCAUUUGAACAUGAUUUUGAGGGCCAUAUGUCGAAUGAAUUCGAUCAAUAUCUCCCACCGGCUCCAUUAAACCAAUACUACCCGCAGUCGCCGGUCCCAGAUCCAACUUAUCAGCAGCUGGAGACGUUUCAGCCGGAAAAUUUCCCGGAAUUUCCGGAAUAUCCACAAGAUCAAUUUUACGACCCACAAGGAAAUUUUAUUGGAUCUGAAGUACCGUAUAAUGUUCAUCAAGGUAGGUUAGAAGGUCCUGAGGCUGGACUGGGUAUGCGGAGGGCGUAACGUAUCGUUUUUGACAUUAUCGUGGGAUAAAAAAGUUGACGAAAGUUUGUGGAUAAUUUCUUGGCUUUUUUACCCUACAAAUUAUCCAAGAUUUUUUGAGAAUUUUCGGCAAAAAGCGAUGUUCGUUUUUUCGAUAUUUUUUCGCAAUUAAUGUGCUUUUUGAUAUUGUAAUAGUCACAGGAAGUUUAAUACUCACUUUUUACACCUCUUUUUGAUAUUCAAUAUUGUUUUAGGACCCCCACCAUACGACCCGAAUUACCCACCAGGACCGAGCCGCUUAGCCGGCCCACAACAAGUAGUUUAUCAUUCGACCGGCCCCAACGGACAACCUCAAACCGUGGUGCACACCGUGGUCGACCCUCAGAAUUAUGAAAACGGCGCUUUGCGACCGGAAGAUCCACCGAAUCGACCAAAAACUUCGUCGCCGAAAAAGGGGAAGAAGAAGGCCGAAAAUGAUAAUGGAGAACCGAAACCAAAGCCCAAGAGGAUACGAAAAAGUGCAGCGCAACUGAGAGUGAGUGAUUCGGAUAUUGUUUUAGGCAUAGAAACUUUUCAAAAAAAAAAUAAUUUUUUUUUUGAUUUUUUUGAAAAUUUUCAUAUUGUAGUAGACGUUUUGGCCUAAAAUUUCAUAUAUAUCAUAUUUUUAGCUAUAUGAUAUUUGAUUUAUAGGCUGAGAAGGCGGCCAGAGAAGCGGCGGCAUUGGAGGCGCAAGCUGCGCAGAAUGGAAUAGCCACCAAUCCAAUGCUCGCCAAUCCACAUGAACGAAUUCAAAUCCACAACGGUCAGAUCACUCGACAGCCGGUCCAGAAUGCCAACGGAACCUAUCCACAGCCUCAGAAUUUGGACCAACGCCCUAUUGAGGAAAUUGUUCAACCCUCCGGCGAUCUAGACGACUCGGCCAGCCUAAUGCCCCCACCCAAAGUUGACCGAGCUCCAAGUGUCUUAGCGGCCAAAGCAGCGGCCACGGAGAUCCGACCAGCCCAAUCCUCCCAGAUCUUAACGAACGCGCCUCCAACGGCCCCUGGAAUGGGCCAAAGUCCAGGCCCGGCCCAAAUGCAGAGCCCCAUUCCAAGUCCAAAUUUCCAUGGACCGAAUGGAUACAAUAGUGUGGGAAUGCCCAACAAUCAAGGCCAAAUCUCAUCAGGGUCCAGCCCAGUAACCCCAAUACCACCUGGAUUACCGGUCUCCGGACCCAUGGCCCCAGCCUACACUUCCCAAACCGGCUCCGUUCAAACAGGCCCAACUUACUCGGGAUCGCAUGGGAUAUGUUCGACGCCCGGUCAGGCUCAAGUCACGGGCCCACACGGCUCGGGAUACCAUCCCGGACCAGCCGCUAGCCCCGUAGAAUACAGAGCACCACCGUUUGGAAGUCAUGGUUUGCCCAACUCUCCGUAUGGCCAUCCUCAAGUUGGCCAGUACGGCCAAGAAUUGGACGAUCAAGAAUUGGCCAUGGACCGCGCCACCCCCGGAUUCGCCGACGACGCCAGCUUGGCCAACAUGGAUUAUAACAGCCAAGGAAGCCAAGGCUCGGCCCACGACGCCAGCCAACAUGGCUCGGCCGGCUCACGAACCCCCAGCUCCACCAGAGAAGAACCCCACGGCGAGCUGGAGGCGGUCCUAACCCAAGAACAGGGCAAAAAACUCCCGCCGAAGAGGGUCCGCACCGCCGCGCAUCGCGCCGAAAUUCAGCGACAGAAGUUUUUGAAACAAAGAGAGCAUGAGUGGAAGCAGGCCCGCGAAAAUCAUCAAUAUCUGGUCAGAUAUAUGCAGCUGAGAAAAAUGGUCCGAGCCCUGGUGUUCACCAACACGGCCCUUGCGGAUGAGGUAUCCAGGGUCAAAACACAAAUUGAUGUGGUCACGGAACAGAGAAAGUAAGAAUUUUGGAUUUUUUGAGAUUGGAUUUUAGGAAGGAGAAGAUUGAUAGAGCGAUUUUUUGGGGGAAAAAUAUGAAAUUUUAGAGUUGUUGGCUAAAAUAAGGUAAAAUUUGAAAUUUUUUUUUUUGAGUUUUAAAUUAAAGUCAAGAUGGUUUUAGAGGGAAGAGGGAAGUAUAAAGCUGAAUUUAGUUAGGACAAAUAAAGUUUUUAUGAUUUUUUGAUUUGAGACCAAUUUUUUUACUUUUUUGCCUAAAAUAAGGUAAAAUUUGGAGAUUUUUUGUGUUUAGCGGGUGAAAUUAGGCGUAUUUUGGCUGAAUAAGAAUGAAUGAGAUGUAGUGUUACCUAAAAAGGAGGAGGAUUCGGUAGUUUUCAGCUGAAAUUAUCAUUUUUUGCCAUAAAUAAGGUAAAUUUAGGUAAUAAAAAGUGAAAAAAUAAGUUUUUUUUGGCUAAAUUAAGGUGUAGCAAGAUGAUUUUUUGUCCGAAAUUUAUUUAUAAUCGCAUUUUGGAUUGGAAAAAUUGAAAGUUUGGCGUUUUUUGGCCAGAAUUUGUACCUAAAGUAAUAUAAAAUUUUUCCAGAUUGGUCGCAAAAGAGGUUCGCCAUUGCGAAAGGAAGAGAAUUCGUCGAAUGCAGACGCAUGAACGAAAAGCCCGCGCGCUGAAAGCGAAGCUGGAAGCGGCCGAACAGUCCGGACUCAACAAUCUCCCAUUCCAAGCGGAGCCGGACUCCUCGACCAACAAUUCCUUCACAUAUCCCCUUCAUUUGGACACUCGCCCAACCUUUGAUCCAAGAAGUUUGACGGUGAAACAGGAAAUGGCCAGUCCGGGGAUCCGCGGAAUUUCUGGAAAUGGACUUGGCACCCAAAAAGUUGGAAUUGAAGGACAAGGAGAGUUUGGAGACGCUGGAACAGGUGAGAAGGGGAAAAUUUAGAUGGAAAGAGGGAUUUUGGGGGAGUUAUGGGUGAACUACCGGCAGAUUUGGAGGUUUUAUGACCAAAAUUAUAUUAAUUUAGGUAGUUAUUGGCUAAAAUACGGAGGUUUUUGGGGAUUUUUGGAUAAAGAAUGUAAAAAAAGCAUGAUUUUGGAGACAAAUGGGGAAUGUGAGAUUUUAGAAUGAGAAAACGGGAAGUUUAAAACAAAAAAAAAUUUUUAAUUUUGGCGAUUUUGGAAUUUUUCUGAUUUUCAGGCGGAAAUCCCUCAAAAUUUCAACUCCAAAGCCCUCAACAAGCCGCACCAGCCCGUCAAGGAAAUGGCACAGCUCGCCCACAGUCCGAGGGAAAGACCGGAAAAGGGAAAAGAGCCCCGAAGCCCAGGAAACGCCCGAAUCCCGAACAAUUAUCGGAGGAAUCGCCGCAACCGGCGAAGAAGAAACGCCUGAAAAAGCUCGAACCCCUCACGGUGGACACGAACUUUGCCCAUGCGGAUCAGGAGAGGGACAAUCGACUGGAACGGGGACCAAAUUCAGCAAAUCGCCGGCUCUCCUCGGCCUCCCAGCCAAGUGCAACAUCGCCGGACUUGUCGGCGGACCUCGCCAGCCCCAAAAACUUGAAUAACUGGCCCACGGACCAGAUCUUUCUGUCUCCCACCGAACUCGAGCCCACCGCUGAAGUGGAACCGAAUUUAUUGCAGAAUUUUAUCCCAAUGGAGAGGUACAACAGAGCCGAAGAAAGCCCCCAAAGACGCUCGGAAGAGGCGGAGAAAACAACGCCGGGAUCGAAUGAUAGUGUGAGGACGAGAUUCUCGGCCAGACUGAAGCGGCAAAGCCAGUCGGAGGUGAGGUUUUGCAAGGCGUUGAGCAUUUUUGAAGCCAAAUGAUUUUGGAAUUUUGAUUUAAAAAAGUACUUCUAUGGGGUAUGGAGUUGCCUUCAUGAAACGAAGCAUUUGGUACUCAUUAUAUCCUACACCUUAUGUCACGUCGAAUAAGACUCUCGUUGAACAUCAAAUCACCUUGUUUUAGACACCUUCCCCUUCUAACUCCACAAAAAUAAAAAAAAUUUAAAAUUUACCCCUGCCAAAUGCCAUGCCCUGUCAAAAAAUCUACAUGACUCUAUUUGAGGGAGUGUAGACACAAUACUGACUCCGAAUCACCUAAUUUUAAGCUUUUUUUAUCCCAAGGAAAGUGCUUCUGUGGGGUAUGGAGUUACAGGUCGAGACAUAUAUCAAAAAAAUCACAAAAUUUUUCUGAUUCAGAAUAUGUAAAAAUUAGCUGAAAUUUUGGUUUGUAUGGGUGAAAAAAUCAUCGGAACUUUCCUCGCAACACCACGCAAAUGCCUUUUUGACCAAGUUUUUACCAAAUCAAAAGCUUUGAGUGGAGCUAAAGUAAAGCCUGGCAUCUUGACAAGCCGUAAAAUAUCAAAUUUUAUUAAUACUACACCUUAGUUAGUAGUUCCAAUGUAAAAAUUAAUCAAAGCUUGUCAAAAUUCCAGGGCUUACUUUAUCUCGAAACAAAGCUUUUGAUUUGGUAAAAACUUGGUCAAAAAAGCAUUUGCGUGGUGUUGCGAGAAAAGUUCUGAGGAUUUUUUCACCCUUACAAACCAAAAUUAGGCAGCUAAUUUUUACAUAUUCUGAAUCAGAAAAAUUUUGCGAUUUUUUUGCCAUAUCUCUCGACCUGUAACUUCAUAUCCCAUAGAAGCACUUUCCUUGUGAUAAAAAAGCUUAAAAUUAGGUGAUUCGAAGUCAGUAUUGUGCCUACACUCCCUCAAAUAGAGUCAUGUAGAUUUUUUGACAGGACAUGGCAUUUGGCAGGGGUAGAUUUUAAUUUUUUUUUUGUUUUUUGUGGAGUUAGCAGGAGAAGGUGUCUAAAACAAGGUGAUUUGAUGUUCAACGAGAGUCUUAUUCGACGUGAUAUAAGGUCUAGGAUGUAAAGAGUAGCAAAUGCUUCGUUUCAUAGCAUUUGGAACAAAGAAAAACUAAAAAAUUUCUACAAGUUUUGGAAAAUUUUCAAAUUUUUGGUUCAAAAUAGCCUAUAAUAAUAUUUUUUCGUUUAGCUACCGGCUUCACCCAGAUCCCGCACCCAAAGUCGGUCACAAAUUUCGCCCAGGACCCCGUCGGCUCCAGCAAAAGAACAGAAUCCACAAUCGGCGAAUGGGAAUCAAAGCAGAGACCAAAGCCGAAGGUCCUCGGAAACCCCUCAGGCAAGAAGUCGAACACACUCCAAUUCGGUCCAAAAUAAAUCAACAACAUCCCAACUGCAAGCUCAGAUCAAAACAGAAGCGAAAUUAGCGGGACCGACCGGCGAAAAACCCAGAAAUUUGAGUGGAACCCCAAGGGUAACAUCGAGAAACGAGAAAACGCCGAUAAAACCUGAAAAUCUGGCAAAUCCCGGCCAAGUUCAGACGAGAAAUAGCGCCGGCGCGGCUCAGAACACAAUUUUGUCGACGACGCCAGCGAAAGAAAGGCCUCUUCCGUCGCCGAUCAAGCUGAAUCCCACCCCAGAUGAGCUGAAGGAAAUGAAGUUUGAACCCCAUCCAGAACCAACAGAGUCUACGCUGGAUCAGUUCGACGAGGACCGCUCGUACAAGUCGACUCCCACUUUAUUAGAACCCCCGAUUCAACUCCCCGAACCGAAACGGCGAACUUCGUCAAGGCAGUCGAAGAAAAGGCAGUCGAUCACACCGACCAGUCUCACGGAAUCUCCAAGCACGUCCAGCUGCACUUCACCAAUUCCAUUGGGAGAAGGUAAGGGCUUGAAACUGAUUUAUGAAGGGAUUGGGAAAGGUUGAGAACGAUUUUGGAAAUUUCCCCUGAUUUUCAGGGAUUUCGUGGUGGGACCUAAAAUUUGUAUAGACGAAGUGGAUGGUUGUGUCUAAAAAAUUAUGUGGGAUGAUUUCAGAUGAGUUGGGAUAUGAUUUCUUCAUUUUUUUGACUUUUUAGGUCUUUCUCAGGUUUUCGUGGCGAGACAAAAAAAUUGAAAAUUACGCCGAUUUUUGGGUAUUAUGGGGUAAAAUAGGCAAUAAAAAGGAUAUUUUAUCAUACAAAAUCAUGUUUUUUAUUAUUAAUCUUUUCUGAUUCUAUGAUUUUUAUAUUGUUUUAGGCACCAUUGUGACCCGUCGAAAAGCUGCCGAAGCCGCGUCGCUGGCCACCACUCCAACAAUGCAAACAAGAUCCAAACGGAAGCUUCAUGCCUCGUAG